CAGAAAAUGCUGAUCAUAUUUUAUAUUCUGCUCUUGCUCAAUAUUGGACGAUGCACAGACGAUCACAUCUUUGAGACAAAGACUGUUGGUGUUGGACAAAGUGUGACUCUAACAUGCCCCCGCAACAGAUUAAGUUUAUCAUCCUUAUUUUGGAUCAGGCUUGUUUCUGGAACCUUUCCUGAAAUUUUAGGAGGAACAAUUGCCGUUGAUUUUGGAGUUGAUGUGGAGACCCGUCGCAUUACAGCAAAACAAGGGCCUGGAACUUUUGUUCUGCAUAUUACUGAAACACAGUUAAGAGAUACUGCAGUCUACUACUGUAUAAACGUGACACAAAGCAAAAUGACAUUUUUGAGAGGAACAUUUCUGAGAAUCAAAGGUCCAGAACCUGAUAUCACUGCCGUCACUCAAGAUCCAUCUGAUCCAGUCCGUCCAGGAGACUCAGUGACUCUGCAGUGUUCAGUCCUCUCUGACUCUGAGAAGAAAACAUGUUCGGAAGAACACAGAGUUUAUUGGUUCAGAGCUGCAUCAGAUGAAUCUCAUCCCAGUUUCAUUUAUGCCCAAGUAAACAGUAGUGAUGGAUGUGAGAAGAGUCCUGAAGCUCACUCUCUGCAGAAAUGUAUCUACAGCUUCUCUAAGGACGUCAGCUCCUCUGAUGCCGGGACUUAUUACUGUGCUGUGGCCACAUGUGGAGAGAUAUUAUUUGGAAAUGGAACAAAACUGGACGUUGAAGCUGCUGCCACUCUGCAAACAAAUGCUGCGACAGCCAGUUGUGAUCAGCAAAGUCAGCAGGGUAAUGAGGAGUCUUUGGUUUAUUGUACACCAAACUUUACCAGGAGGAAAGCUGGCAGAGGAGGGAGAAGAAAUCAAAGACAAGAAGAGACCAUCUACACUGAUGUCAGGGCUUUUACAAGUUUCCAAAUCACAGACAGUGUCAAGAUGAUCCUGUUAUGGGUUACACUGCUUGUUCUUCAUCAAGGAUAUGCGUUGGUUCCAGUGACCACAGUUCAACUUGGUGAACCUGUGACUUUAACUUGUGUUUUGCCUGAUGAGUUUAACGACAGACUCUACUGGUACAAGCAGAGUGCCGGGGAGACUCUGAAAUUAAUUGUGAGACUGCGUAAACAUGUAAACCCUGUGUAUGGACCAGAGUUUUCUGCCGUGAGAUUGGAUGUUAAGGUUUAUAAGAUUAUUAGCAGUUUUAUCAUUUUUAGGACGAUUCAAGAAGAUGAGGGAAUGUAUCACUGUGCAUUUGUGGACUGGAUUGAGAUUACCUGGACCGGCACCUAUUUGUUAUUAAAAGGAAACACUCAGAGGACAUCAAACUAUGCUGUUGUUCAGUGGCCGACAGUAUCUGAUCCAGUCCGUCCAGGAGCCUCGAUGUCUCUCCAGUGUUCAGUCCUCUCUGACUCUGAGAAUAAAAUGUGUCCAGGAGAUCACAGUGUGUUCUGGUUCAGAGCCGGAUCAGAUAAAUCUCAUCCAGACAUCAUCUACACUGAUGGAAAUAGACGUGAUGAAUGUGAUAGGAACUCUGACACUCAGAAGAGUUGUGUUUAUCACUUCUCUAAGAACGUCAGCUCCUCUGAUGCUGGGACUUACUACUGUGCUGUGGCCACAUGUGGACAGAUAUUAUUUGGAGAUGGAACUAAAAUGUGA